AAAAAAAUAUCAAAAUGAAAUUAAUGGUUGUCCUGUUCGCCCUGAUGGGCAUUACCUUGGCCAGACCGGGAUACGACGGAGCAGCAACCGCGCAGUGGGGUGCAGGAUCCGUACCUCAGAGCGGACACGGUGGAUACGGCAGCUCGCCAAACGGAUACGGCGGAUCGGCUUCCCAGAGCGGGCAAGGUGGAUACGGCAGCUCGCCAAGCGGAUACGGCGGAUCGGCUUCCCCGAGCGGGAAAGGUGGAUACGGUGGCGGACAGGGAGGAUACGGUGGCGGGCAAGGAGGAUACGGUAGCGUGCAGGGUGGAUAUGGUCAACCCGCUCCAGUGACUGGACAGGCGGGAUACGGCGGCAGUCAGGGUGGAUACGGCAGUGCACAGAAAGGAUAUGGGGAACCCGUGCCCCCUAAUGAAUUCGCAGUUGGACUCUCGGGCCAAGGACGUUUGGGAGGAUAUGGCAAUGCAGCUCCUCAGAGUGAAAAGUUGGGAUACGGCGGCGGUCAGGGAGGCUACGGAAGACCAGCUCCCCAAUCGGGCCAGUUAUAUGCCGCAGAGGAGCCCCGAUUUGGACAGGGAGAAUUCUCCGGCGGAAUUGGUCACGACAACUGUAACCACGAGCAUCACAAGCAUCACAAGCAUCACGGACAUCAUGGACGUUACUAAAACGGCAACUUUAAGUAUAACAAAGUAAAUUUAAAAUAAAAUAAUUAAUAAAUCUUACGAACUGAAAAA